AUGUCCAACCCCCAAGGCGCACAAGGUCAACCACCUCACAUAGCGCAAGCUACUCUUUCACCUACUCCUCUCCCUCCAAACACAUACUCCGCACAACGUCUCCUCGAAAAACAGCAUGAGUACCAAGCGGUCUCCCUCCUCCUCCAAGCGUCGUCUUCCAUGUUGGGGCAGGUGGAGGAACUCGCUAGAGAGGGGGAGGUCAUGGCGCGUGGUGGUGCAGCGGUUGGAAGUGUACUGGCGAAUUGGCCAAAUGUGUUCAGGAUUAUUGGGAUGUGUGCGGCUGCUAAAAUGCUUUCGUCGGGGGAGCAACAGGAGGACGAGGGAGGGGAAGAGGGAGUGGGAUUGGAAGGGGAGGUGUUACCAAGGCUUGUGAGGUUGCAGGUUGAAGGGCUUGAGGGUGGUGAGAGUGGUUCACAGGUGUAAUGGAGUGCAUUAAGUCUAUUGAGUGCAUUAAGUGACUGAUGUUUGUAUGUUUACUAUGUUAUUCUGUAGUGUUGAAUGGACACUAUA